AAACCAUGGGUUUUUUUUUUUUUUGUUUUUUGUUUUUUGGGGUGAAUCAAAACUAUGAAUUUCUAGACAGGCAUGAAAAUUAGCAUUAUUUCAAGAAAAAAGGGUAUCAGAAUUAGCUAGUAGGAUGGAAAGGAAGUCGAUGGGUAUCAUGGGGAAAAGGUUGGUGUCGGUAACAAACAUUGUGCUACUAACACUUCAAUUGCUUUUUUGCAAUGCCUUUGGCACAUAUCACAUUGGAGUCAAUUAUGGAAUAAACGGAGGAAAAUCUCCACCCAUAGAAGAUGUCAUAAAACUUUACCAGAAGUGUGGGAUAGAAUUCAUCAGAAUUCAGGAACCAGACCACCAAGUACUCAAAGCCUUGAGAGGCUCAAGUCUCCAACUAAGUCUUGGUGUAAGAAACCAAGACCUGAUCACCAUUUCAUUGAGCCAAUCUGCAGCAAAUCAAUGGGUUCAAAAUUACAUCCUCCCUUACAUGACUCAAGUCUCAUUUGGUUGGAUCACAAUCGGCAACGAGGCAAUCCCUGGACCAUAUGCCAAAUAUGUAGCCAGUACCAUAAACAACAUGCACAAUGCUCUCAACUCGGUUGGCCUGGUUAGCAUCAGGGUCACCACUGUGGUUCCAUUAAAAGUCCUCCAGACCUUCAACCCACCCUCCACAGCCGAAUUCACUCAACAAUCCUUACCCUUCAUGGUCGAUGUUGUUGCAUCUUUGUUGCGCAUAGGGUCUCCCCUUAUGGUCAAUGUGUAUCCUUACUUCGCUUAUAUGUCAGAACCAAAACAGUUUUCCUUCGAGUUUGCCACUUUCAAUGCAAAGCAACCGCUGGUUGAUGGAAAGUUUAAGUAUUUCAAUCUAUUUGAUACAAUGGUGGAUGGUUUUUACGCUGCACUGGAGAAGAUCAAUGGAGGAAAUGUUGCUUUGUCUGUUUCAGAAACUGGUUGGCCUACUUGUGGGAAGAAAAAUUGCACAAGCACAGAAGAUGCUAGAAUAUACAAUGCAAAUCUAUACCAUCAUGUGGUGAGCAAUGGUACGCCAAGGAGGCCAGACAUUCUUUUGGAUACAUUUUUGUUCGAAAUGUUCGAUGAAAAGAAACCACGAGGAAAACAGAACUUCGGACUCUUUCAUCAAAACAUGGUUCCUGCUUAUCGACUUUUCAAUACUUGCUAGCAAUUUGAAGCAUGAACAAUCAGACACAAUAAUGAACGAAAAAUAAUAGUGAAAAUUUAUAUUACUGUCUUUCAGAAUGGAUUUCAUGCCACCAGUUCUUUUUAUCAUUUUUAAGACUCAAAUAUUGGUCACUCAAACAUACAGAAAAUUCUAUAAAUUGGCACAAAACUUUUUUGCCAAGGACUUUAGUCCCACACAAUUCACAAAAUUAGUUCCCUGGUCUAAAAACAGUGAUGGCUUGGUGAAGAUUAUUAAUAGGACAUGGUACAAAAUUGACACCUGGAAAGUUAAUAGUACCGCAUAAAAACAGUCAUCAUAAAGAUUGAGGGAAAAAAAAUAGGACCGAUAUCCGGGUAGUUUGCCAAGUAUUAGAUGGUUGAUCUGAUUAGUUAUGUCCAACCAAGAAAAGAUGAGCACCAAAAAGAGUAAUACGAACUCAUAAUCCGCAGUUAAGAGAAGAUUAAAUUGUAAAGCUCAAUUUCUUAUAUUUCCUUGCGCUUAAUUAGUGCCAUCAUAUAUAUAACAUGAGCUGCUUUGCCCAAAACUGAGAAAAUUAGCAAACACAUAUCAACAUGAACUGAAGCUAAAAUUAAAACUUUUUGAUUUCUUCUUUUUUCCGUAAAAUUGACCAAAAACAGCAUAAGCCUUUUCUUGUAGAAUCAAACCCUCCUGAAGGUUAAAAAAAGAAAAAAGAUAAAAAAGGUAAAAGUAAAAUGAAAAAAAAAAAAAAAGAAAAAAGAAAAAGAGAAAGAAAAGAAAGAAGAAGACCAAAA